AUGAAUGUAGUCAAUACCAAACCUUACAACCUACCCGCCGAUGCGACCUGGCUGAUUACCGGCUGCUCAUCUGGCAUUGGUCGCGCCAUCUCGGAAUUAGUUGCCAGUAAACCUGAUCAGCGUUUCAUUGCCACAGCUCGCAACCGCUCCGACCUUUCUUAUCUCCCCGAUACUAACCCCAAUAUUCUCAAGCUCGCUCUCGACGUAACCUCCACUACUUCCGUCAACGAGGCCUUUGCUACCGCCUCUAGGCAUUUUGGUGACUCCUUCCAUCUCGACAUUGUUGUCAACAAUGCUGGCUAUUCCCUCUCUGGAGACACUGAAUGCGCAACCGAGGAAGAAGCGCAUUUAGAAAUCGAGACUUUAUUUUUUGGCACUGCGAGAGUGACAAUGAAAGCGGUGGAAGUCAUGCGCCAGCGUAAAGAACAUCGAGGAGGGGUGAUUUACCAGAUUACUUCGCUUGCUGGGUUAUGUUCAUUUCCUGGUAAUGCUUACUACCACGCUGUCAAUUUCUGCAUGAUCGAACUCUCCGGUGUAAAAGCCAACUUCGAAGGCCACAGCAAAGCUCACACCGCACCUCAUCCCGCCUAUGCCGCCCCCGAUAUGCCCGCUCGCACACUCGAAAAAUGGGUAAAUAUGGGUACAAAAUCUGGCAUCGGCAUGCUCGAGCCUACUGGAAUAGCAGAAACUAUCUACCAUAUUAACUGGCAUAUCCAAGCAUCUCUUGCAUUCAAGCUUAUUGUUUUGAAAGCCAUUGAUACUGUGCUGACAUCAAAAUCGGGAAUAUAA